UACAUAAUGUCGUGUUGCCAUUUCUGGUAAACGAUAUCAAGUGGGCCACACCACACCAUACCCAUCCGUUACUCACUUUUUAGGGUUUUUCUUCUGAUCACCAAUUCUCAAAUCAAAUCACACACACAAUUUCUCAUUUCACAAAUGGAUUGAACUCAUUCUUCCUUAACCUCUUCACUCAUUCCUCUCUAUUUUCAUACCAAUUUCACCAACACAUUCAAUUUAACUCAUGGGUGUCGAGGAGAAAACUCUCAAGUUAUCAGGUGGUAGUAUGAGUAAUGAAGAAUGGUCCAUGUCCCGGCAUGCCUAUUCUGAUCUUACCAAUGUUUCUCCACUGGUGUUUUUAUAUCUUCUGAAAGAAUGUUACGUUUACGGCACAUGCAAGGCAACUGCAAAGUUUUUUGCCCUCCAACAUCAAGUCCAUCAAGCUUUACAUAAUAAGCCAAGACCUGGGCCCGCCGUAUUUGUGGCUCGUUGUCUCUCUUUAUUGCCUAUAUUCGAAUCACACUGUGAAGGUUUUAGUCAUUUAAUGAUCGCAGCUCUUCGCCGUUUAUUAAAAACGGGGUCCACACAGGAAGAUUUACAGGAAGCAAAGAUUCAUGCUUCCAAAUUAUUUGUCAUUGCUGUUCGUGGUACUAAAAUUCACGAUGAUAGAAUACUUGUGAAAAUGCUUGAAGUUUUUGGCAUAAGACUUACAGAUAUUAAUGAGGUUUUGUUUCACUCGGAUAUAAAAAAUGAUAGCUUUGAAGUUAUAGCAAAAGCCUUCGUUGACCAAUUUAUCUCUAAGCUUCUGGAAUCUCAAUCGUAUAUGACAGCUGUUACCCUUCUAGAACAUCUCACAAUCCGUCACUCUGAAGAGUCGUUUCUUCAUGAAAUGUUGGAGAAACAAGAAUAUCGAGCAGCAGAAAAAUGGGCUGCAUUUAUGGGGAAGCCAAUGCUGUGUGCACUAAUUCGCGGUUAUGUCGACAGGAAGCUGCUAAAACAAGCGUACGAGCUUAUAAAGAAAAAUAAUUUGCGUGAAGAAUUUCCUGAAGUAUAUAAAAUGGGCAAAGAAAGUCUUAUUUGCAGCUCACUUAAGAAGCUAGCGGAAAAAGGAUGCUGGGACAUAGCAGAGAUGAGGGCAAAAUCUGAUAGGCAACUUCUUGAAUAUAUUGUCUAUUUGGCAAUGGAAGCUGGUUACUCAGAGAAAGUUGAUGAACUAUGUGAAAGAUACUCUCUAACAGGCUUCAUAAAAGCGAAAGAAACUGAAGCUAGCCUUCCGCAUAUUCGGUAUCUGCAUCUUGAUGAGUUGGCAAUAGACGACAUCAUUUGGGUUGAUGAGCCCGUAGGUCUGCAUGAAGCAACGUGUCAUAUUGAGGGAUGCAAAGUCAUUGGUCUUGAUUGUGAAUGGAAGCCUAGUUAUGAAAAGGGCAGUAAGAACAACAAGGUUUCCAUCAUGCAGAUUGCUACUGAGAAGAUGGUUUUCAUCAUUGACUUGUUAAAGUUGUCCAAUGAAGCUCCUGCUGUUCUAGACAGCUGUCUAAUCCGUAUAUUUCAUUCGCCUCGGAUUUUGAAACUUGGUUAUAAUUUUCAAUGUGAUAUGAAACAACUGGCUCAAUCUUACGAAGAUUUUGAUUGCUUUAAGCACUUUGAAAUGCUACUGGAUAUUCAGAAUGUAUUCAAAGAGCCUCGUGGUGGCCUUUCAGGUCUGACAAAGGAAGUAUUGGGCGUUGGUUUAAACAAGACACGAAGAAACAGUAAUUGGGAGGAAAGGCCUUUAACCCGCAAUCAGCUCGAAUAUGCUGCUCUUGAUGCUGCAGUACUUAUCCGCAUAUUCUGGCAUGUUCGCAGCCAAUCACAAUCUACCGGUGUUUCAAAUGAGAAUAACACCCAAAUGGAAUGGAAAUCCCACAUUAUUUCUCAUGGAGGUGACCCGACAAAGAUAAAAAAGAAAAUGAAGAAUGUGAAAGGUUGUAACGCAGGAAUCAGAGAAUCUCAUAAUCUAAGUGAGAGUUAGGGUAAAGGAUAGCUGUUUUUAGAAAACGGUGGAAGCGCAUUAGUAGAAGUCUAGAAAUCGUAUGGGAUUUUAAUCUGUACAUAAUGGGAUGAUUUGAACGGUGGCAGAAGUUGAUUAUGGUUAAGGUUAGCUUUACUGAAGUUUAACAUGCUUUUCAUGGGGGGUAUGUCGACCCCACAAUCGUCUAUGUCGAUGGUAGGGAUGAGUAUUUUUUACCAAGUACCGGUAUCGUACCAUUACCGGCACAUACUGGUAUCGUACUAAACCGAUACCAACCAAACAAAAUUGGUACCGGUACUAAAUUCAUCUUU